UGUUCAUUUUCAUUUCAAGGAAUGUGAAAUACAAUACAAAAUUACACGAGAAAAAAGUUUAUUAACAAAAAGAAACAAAAUGAGUGUCUUUAUUACACUUUUUCGCUUUGUGAUUUUUUUACUCGUAUGCAAACUCGUAAUAAGAUUGUAUCAUUUUAUUAAUUACUGCAUUACUGUUAAUAAAAUUCCAGGACCAAUUUCAUAUCCUCUGUCAAUAUUUGCAUUGCCAUUUGAAUUUCUCCGAGUCACAAAAGAAGAUCGAUUCACCAAAUUCUAUCAAUUGUGCCAAAAGUACAAAAAUGGUAUUUUUCGAACCAGCGAAGCUUUUGAUGAUGUGGUUGUCAAUAUUUUCAAGCCGGAACUGCUGGAGGUAAUUUUAUCAAGCAACAAACUCAUAACAAAAGCGAAACUUUAUGAAUUUCUCGAUCCUUGGUUUGGUGAAGGAAUGUUAACGUCAACAGGAGACAAAUGGGUUCAAAAGAGGAAAACAAUCAGUCCAUCGUUUCAUUUCGAAAUUUUAAAUGGUUUUUCCAAUAUUGUCUUAAGGAAGACGAAAAUUCUCGAACAAGUGAUUGAUGAGAAACUUAAAGCAAAUCCAAAUAAGCCAAUGGAUUUCGCCUCUUUGGCUAUUCGAUUUUCAUUCGACACUAUUUGCGAAACAAUAAUGGGUGUAAAUCUAGAUGUUCAGAAAAAUUUCGCCUGCGACGGAUAUUCAGAUUCGGCCCACAAAGCCGGUGAAAUAUUAAUUACAAGAAUAAAUUCACCUUGGCUGCAAUGGGAUCCUAUAUUUUUUAAAACAAAACUUGGCGAUGAGUUGAAAUUAGCAGCGAAGACUAUAAACUCAUUUACAGCUAUGUUAAUUAAAAAGAAGAGAGAAGCUCGAAGAGUUGAAAGUAAAAAAAUGAUAGGAAGGGAUAAUUCAGACGACUUUGAAAAACGAGACAAGAAACCAUUUUUAGAUCUCAUUUUGGAUUUACAAGAAAAAGAUAAAAAUUUCUUAAAUGAAACCGAAUUGGUAGAGGAAGUAAAUACUUUUCUGUUUGGUGGAUAUGAUACAGUAGCUGCUGGAAUUGGUUGGGUCAUGUUUCACUUGGGCAAUGAACCCGAAAUUCAAGAAAUAGUACACCAGGAAUUGGAUGACAUUUUCGGAGACUCCAAAGAGCCAGCAACAAUGAAUCAAGUUCUGGAAUUGAAAUAUCUUGAACGAGUUAUUAAGGAAAGUUUUCGUAUACAUCCUCCAGGUCCCACAGUUGCCAGACGCUUAACCGAAGAUAUAGAAUUAGCCGGAUAUCAAGUUCCAAAGGAAACAGUGGUGCAUUUGCAAAUAUUGGUAAUGCACCGAGAUCCGGAAGUUUGGCCAGAACCUUUUAAAUUUGAUCCUGAUCGUUUUCUACCGGAAAACAUACAAGACAGACAUCCUUAUGCAUUCAUUCCAUUUAGUGCAGGUCCAAGGAAUUGUCUCGGUCAAAAUUUAGCCUGGGUUGAAUUGAGAUUCGUUCUUUCUGCACUUUUGAGAAAAUUUAGAGUCAAAAGUUUACGAAAACCGGAAGAAAUGAAAGAAAUUUGGAGUGCAACUUUAUUGCCGUUCGAUGGAAUUCCCAUGUAUUUUAUUCCCAAAUAAGUCUUUUUUUUUAUUUGGGAAAUGAAAUUUUUUUCACGGUAAUAAUGAUUAAUAUAAUCUACUUUAGAAAAUAAUAUCAAUCUAUUUUUAUAUAUUGAGACUAAUCUAUUUUAUAUAAUAUUAUUAAUUAUCUUUACCUAUUUUAUAAUUAUUCUUUAUCUAUUUUUACCAUUGCUAAAAAUUCCAUUAUCUUCGAUUUGAAAAAAAAUUUAUGUACAUAAAAAAUAUGAACUUGAAUAU